CAUCAUGGCGCCGACGACCCUGGGCAAGCGCAAGGAGCGCGAGAGCACCGUCAAGACUGAGGAGGAGGGCGCGGGAGAUGGUACAGAUUCCAGUAAACAAUGCACCGACAAGCACAGCAGCACGCUCUUCGUCUCGAACCUCCCUUACGCGGCAACCUCGACGGACCUGCAGACGCUCUUCUCCGACAUCGCGCCCGUGCGGUCCGCAUUCGUUGUGACGCAGCAAGGGACCGGUGUCUCCAAGGGUGUCGGCUAUGUGUCUUUUGCGAUCAAGGAGGACGCGCAGGGGGCGUAUGACAAGAUCGCGGCGGAGGGGAUCAAGCUGAACGGUCGUGCACUACGUGUAGAAUGGGCAGACACGAAGAAGCAUGUUCCUCGCGAGAAAGACGACAGCAAGCCCGCAACGGUCAAGCCCAAGGCGCCGCAUACCCCCAAAGCCCCCCGCGCGCCUAUCUCUCACGACCCCAAUGCCAUCCGCACUAUAGUCAUCUCUGGCCUCCCCUCAGGCAUCGAUCAGAAGACCCUAUGGAAGAAAGUGCGCAAGUACGACGGCGCGGAGAGCGUCCAAUGGCCUGCCAGUGUUGGCGGCGCUGAGGACAAGUCGACGGCCGAAGCGAUCUUCAAAACCCCCGCCGCUGCCACGAACGCGGUCACCAAGCUCCACGCGCAUGUCUUCAAGGGCGCCCUCCUCUCCGUUACCCUCAAAAAGCGGCUGGAAUCUCUGCUCUCCAAGCCUGUGAAGGCCAAGACUGCGACCAGCGAUGCAAAGGACAAACCCAGUGCCUCCACAUCCACCGCCCCCUCCCACGCCAGCCGCCUCAUCGUCCGCAACCUCCCCUUCGACAUCACCGAGCAGGACCUGCGCGCGAUCUUCCUUCCCUAUGGGCCGAUCUACUCCAUCACCAUCCCCUCGGCCUCCGCUCCCACCACCGGUGAGGACGCAGACGGCAGGCGCACCUCGGGCAAGAAGGGCUUCGCCUUCGUCUGGAUGAUGAGCAAGAAGGACGCCGAGCGCGCGCUGGCGGGGUGUAACGGCAUGAAGGUUGCAGCCGGUAUCGCGCGCGAGCUGGCGGAGAGGAAGCAGAAGCGGAAGAAGGAAAUCAGACUGGAGAAGCAGAAUCGGGCGUUGGCGAAGGGCAAGCCGGUUGAUGGCGAGGACGCUGAGGCUGACGAGGAAGAGGUCGAGGAGGAGAAGGAUGAGGAGGAUAGUGAUGAAGAGGACGAAGAUGCCAAGUCUACGUCCUUGAAGAAGCGCGAGCGCAUCAUCGCAGUCGACUGGGCGCUUAGCAAGGACCGGUGGGAGGAAGAGAAAGCGAAGCUGGAGGAAGCUGGCGAAUCCAGCGCGUCCGGCUCAGAUUCAGACUCUGACGUCUCGGAUGACUCGGACUCUGACGGCGAAAGCAGCGAUUCCCAUGUCGGCGUGCACGACGACGACAAUGCGAGCGCGUCGGAGGACGAUGGCAGUGACGCCGAGCGCGACGAGGACGAAGAGGCGCCCGUCAAGCCGACGCUCCCUGACACUGAUGUUGGGACGACAUUAUUCAUCCGCAACGUACCAUACGAUGCGACGGAGGACGAGCUACGAACUCUGUUCCGCGCCUUCGGCCCCCUCCGCUAUGCCCGCAUCACCAAGGACCCCGAGACCGGUCGCGGUCGCGGUACCGGCUUCGCCUGCUACUGGAACAAAGAGGACGCCGACAAGGUCAUCCUCCAAUCCGACACCCUCCGCGCCGAAACCCAGGCACUCCCCAUCACCCUCCCCAAGCCCAACCCAUUCACGCUUCCCUCGCUCCUCACACCGGACCCAUCCUCCUCCCUCGCCCAAAGCCUCGUCCUCCACGGCCGCACGCUCGAUGUCGUGCGCGCCGUGACGCGCAGCACCGCAGACAAGCUGCGCGAGGACGGCCUGAAGCGCCGCGAGAAGGCCGACAAGCGGCACGCAUACCUCCUUCGCGAGGGUGUCAUCCUGCCCAGCAUGCCCGCGGCGGCGAGCCUCGCCCCCGCAGACCUUGAGCGGCGCACGAACUCGUACAACGCGCGGCGCAAGCUGCUGCAGAGCAACCCCUCGCUGUACAUCUCACGCACGCGGCUGAGCGUGCGGCAGCUGCCUUUGUUCGCCACGGAGCGCAUGCUCAAGCGCCUCGCCAUGCACGCUGUGCGCACGUUCGAGGACGAGGUCAAGGCCGGGCAGCGGGAAGCGCUCACCGCUGACGAGCUCGAGGAGCGGGACGAAGAAGCUGACGCAGCCGCCCUUAAAACCUCCGCUGACGCACACGCCAAGGACGCCCCUCCAAAGAAGCGCGGCAAAUUCACCGGACGCCCCCAGCGCGUCAAGCAGACCAAGGUUAUCCGCCAGGCCGAGCGCGUCGACGCCGUCACCGGCCGCGCGCGCUCUAAAGGCUACGGCUUCAUCGAGAUGUCCACGCACGCGGACGCCCUCCGCGUCCUACGCUGGGCGAACAACAACGGCGGGCUCGCUCCGCUCUGGCGCGAGUGGUGGCUCGACGAGGUGAAGGACCUCGCGGAGAAAGAGCGCAAGAAGCCCGCGGGGGAGAAGGACGAGACGCGGCUGAAACGCCUGGAGGACGAGCUGAAGACGGGCGCCGCGGCGCAGAAGGCAAGGGGGACGCUGAUCGUCGAAUUCUCGAUCGAGAACGUUCAGGUGGUGAAGCGGAGGCAGGAGAAGGUGUCCGGCGGCGGGAAGGACGGCGCUGAGGGCAAACGGGGUCAUAAGAAGGAUUCUGAAGACGCGGAGCGCCCGUCAAAACGUCGUAGAACCGAUGACGAAGACGAGAGGCCCAGCAGGACCAAGCAAGGCAGCAGCGGCAAGCGCGACCGGAGAGAAUCGACGGGCGACAAGAAAUACGUCGAUUCCAAGGUCAAGGCAAAACGAUCCUCGACAAAUGGCGACGACGAUGCGCCCCGCAAAAAGGCGCGACUCGCUGACACAGGCUCAGAAGGUGGAAAAGACAGUGCAAAGAUGAAAGAGGGUGGUAAGGCGCCCAAUCCUCUUGGCUCGAUCAUUGGGCGUAAGCGCAAAGAGAGGAAGAAGAAGGGAGGCAAGGCGUAGAUCAGCAUGUACACCUCCAUGCGAACUGCAAAAUCAUGCUAGUAUGCGCUACGACAGCUUGCGAUGUUGAACGUCAUAAACGCC